AUGCCUCAUACUAGUAUCGUGUUGAUUUUCUCCGCUGCCGUCGCAGUCGUGGCAAUUGUCGCCAAAGCUUUCACAACCCCAAAGACAAGGAUACACAGCAGUGUCAGCGCCGUCAGGACAUUACUGAGUCCUCCUGAUAUCCCCACUCACGCGUUAUUACGCGCAAGAUCCAUACCAAACCAGCGUUUGGUGAAGGCGCUCGGUAUAUCGAGCACCUUUGUCAGCGAUGAUACCGGCGUCCAUGACAACUUCACUCGCGAAGCGAAAGUCCUAAUAGGCGCUGUCAGCGCGAAAGAGGGAUGGUCAAGGCUUGUUGACAUCGCCGAAACCUGCGUGAACAGGUUCCUUAACGCAAAGAGCCUCGACUACGCCACCUUCGUGCAGUCUGUUACGCUCAGUAUCGUAUUGGCAGGUCUGUUGGGCACAGAUAUUGAAGAUCUUGACCCCGUGGACGUGGCAUUUGUGACAAAGGCCAUCAACGACCGUUGGGCACAAUCCAAAUCGAGCACUACUCUCACUGCAGAAGUGCUCGAUCGCAUCAACCAUCACAUCAUCAGAUGGGUUCCAGACCGAACUAAUCCUCUCAAUCUCAUCAUCCCCGCAUAUGAAACAAUGUGGCGCGUAACAGCAAUUGCGGUGGUAUAUUCUAACCGCGAUAGCGUGCUACGCGAUGCAUUUACCUCAUAUAAUGAGAACCCCACUGACGAUCAGUUCCGCGCCUUCGCAAACGAAGGGACAGGAGCGCAGCCUAGUGCAGAGGCAAUCAUCUGUGAGGUUCUCCGACUCCACCCCCCGACUCGUCACAUCACUCGUGCCGUGGUCGUCCCAUGGUGGAAGCGACCGUUCGUCCCAUCCACAGAUGUGGCAGACAUCGAAGAGGCACACAAAUCGCCUCUCUUCGGAAAUGAUCCAGAAUCCUUCAAUCCUAUGCGGUUUCACGCGAGCCAUGCCGCUCCUAAAAGGGACCAGCUGUAUGCCUUUGGGCACGGAAAGCUGAAGUGCAUAGCGGCAAGCUGGGCACCACCGGCUGCAGCUGUCAUCACCGCGAAGAUCAUGGCCAGAUUGGAUGACGUUGCGUUCAAGUUGCAGGAAGGACCAUGCAUUGGGAAAAGGGAGGGUUGGUCGAUCCAAAGAGUAUGA